GUUUUCGACAUCCCUACUUAAAAAUAAUUUUUUUGAAAUGCAGACAGUCGACGCGGCGUCUGCACGUUUGAGCAAAUAAGAAAAGAAAAAGAAGAAAGCAAAAAACCGAACGCAAACAUCCAGUUGUUGAAGUGCAAAACAGCUGCAACAGCGGAACAAGGACACAAAGCAGAGCCACCCACGCGCCAGCAGAGCCCCAAGAGAGCGAACCAGCAGCGAGAGAGUGAGAGAGAGAGAGAGUGGUAUAAUCGCAGCACCAAAGGCACAAAAAUCAAAGAGGAGAGGCGAAAAAACACACACAAGUAUCCCCCAUCCCUUUCCUCCAGUGGCGCUAACAGAAGGGAGCUAGCAAGGAGCAGAAGAAGAAGCACCUGAGCAGAGGCGAGAAGGAGCAACUGCAGCGCAGCGCAAUGGAUCGCUACGACAUGGAGGACGUCGUGGUGGCACCUCCCGCCGAAUGCAAUUCGCCGCUCAAGGAGUGGCGCCUCAAGUUCCAGGCCGGCACCCUCGCACGCAGCGACAUUGUCGAGUUCUUCAAGAAGGAUUCGCCCAAGUACUUCGACUACUCGAACGAAAUGGAAACAGAUACAAAUGCCCUUACUCUCAAGUGCAUGUUUAAGGAGUCACUGGCCCAGGAGGAGAUGAUCGACGUCCUGGUCGAGUUCAUACUGGGCGACAAUCCCGCGACAGCGCUGGAGAAACUCCGCCUGGAGGGCAACACCGCCACCGUUUGUGGCAAGGUCUUCAAGAACGGUGAGCCCACGUACAGCUGCCGGGAGUGCGGCGUCGAUCCCACCUGCGUGCUCUGCGUCAACUGCUUCAAGCGAUCGGCGCACCGCUUCCACAAGUACAAGAUGUCCACCUCCGGCGGCGGUGGAUGCUGCGACUGCGGCGACGACGAGGCCUGGAAAAAGGAUCACUACUGUCAGUUGCAUCUGGCGAAUCGCAAAGACCCGCUGGAGAGCAAGAUCAUCACGGAUGCCGUGCUGGAGCGUGCCGAGAUCUGCUUUGGGGCCAUACUGGCCUUCUGUGUCAACUAUCUGGAGAUCGAGCCGAACGCCAGUCUGCAGUGCCUGGACGCCGGCGCCGAGGGGCAGUUGGAUGGGCCACAGUAUUGCACGGUUCUGUACAACGACGAGUCGCACACCUUCGACCAGGUCAUCCAGACCCUCACCAAGAUCGCCAAGUGCCGUCACAAGGACGCCAUGGAGAUUGUGGCGGCCAUAGAUCGCGAGGGGCGGGCGGUGGUCAAGUGCGAUACCUUUAAGAUAUGCAACGAUCUGAAAACAGCCAUUGAGAACCAAAUGAUGCCGCACUCUGGACUGGUGACCACUCCGCGCAACUACCAGUCGCUGCGCACCUCUGUGCUGCACAUCGGGGCGGUGGCCUGCCAGCAGUUCGCCCUACAGCUGCUGGGCUGGUUCCAGGAGUUCCUCGUCCGCCACUGCCUCUUCCGGAAGACGUUCGCCAGCCUGGUGCAGCGCCGUCAGGAGGAAUUCUGCAUCCGCCACAUACUCGAGUACGACGUGAAGCUGUGGAAGACGGCCCGCACCUGCUGGCACCGCCUCCUCAUCUCCGGCAUGCUGAUGGAGUACGAGAACAAGGUGGUGCUGGCCCAGGAGUUCUCGCGCCGCUACGCCACCAUCGUGGAGGACUUCAUCGGCGACGAUCACGACCACGCGUUCUCGAUUGUCUCGCUCAGCGUGCAACUGUUCACGGUGCCGAGCAUAGCCCAUCACCUGAUCGCCCAGGAGGGCAUCUUCGACAAGCUGCUGCACACGUUCUACCACGUGGCCAUCGAGAAGUUCAUCCAGAACCGGACGCUGCACUUCAGCAAGAACAUCGCCAGCCUGACGUUCUUCAAGCGGGCCAACUACAUACUGUACGACCUGCGCUACCUGCUCAGCCUGAAGCCGGAGGUGCUGAGCAACGACCUGCGCAGCGGCUUCCUCGAGGGCUGUCGCGCCCUCCUCCGCGUCCUCAACGUGAUGCAGGGCAUGGAGUCGAUCACCCGCCAGACCGGCCAGCACAUGGACUACGAGCCGGAGUGGGAGUGCGCCUUCAACCUGCACAUCAAGCUGGCCACCACCAUCUCCCAGGUGAUCGAGUGGGCGGCCAGCGACGCCAAGCUGCUGCGCAAGCUCUACAAGAUGACCCUGCGGGCGCUGAUGAACAACACCUUCAUCGUCGAGGGCCAGAAGUCCGAGGCUAAGAGCGUGGCCGGCCAUGUCGCCAACUGCCUGGUGUACGAUGUCUCCUCCAGUUCCGUUUCCAUACACCUGCCCUUGUCGCGCUUCUACGCCGGCAUCUACCUGCACCUGGGCGACCACGACAUGACCUACGACGGCCUGCAGGCGGAGACGGAGGCGCUGCAGCGCAAGUUCACGCCCAGGGAGAUCAUCGAACCGGUGCUGUGCACCCACGCCAUGAUCGCCCAGGUGGCUGCCGGUAUGUGGCGCCGCAACGGCUACUCCCUGCUGCAUCAACUCUAUUUCUAUCGGAACGUACGGUGUCGGGUGGAGAUGCUGGACAGGGACAUCUGCUGCCUGCAGAUCGGUGCCUCCCUCAUGGAGAGCAACGAGUUCCUCAUCCAUCUGCUGAACAAGUUCAACCUGAUCGCCUGGGCCCAGCCCAACUACGAGAAGAAGCUGGCCGAGUCCAGUGUGGACGACGAGAUGAUGCGCCAGCUGUCGAUGAUCGACGAGUUCCUCGAGCUGCUGAUCGUCAUCAUUGGCGAGCGGUGGAUGCCGGGCGUCUCAAUGGUCACCGAGGAGGAGCGCCUCAUGAAGGAGAUCAUCCAGCUGCUGUGCAUCAAGUCCUACUCCCACUCGGAGCUGAGUCGCGCCCUGCCCGACGGCAACGGCGGCAACGGCGACACCAUCUUCGAGGAUGUCAUCAACUCGGUGGCGGUCUUCAAGAAGCCAGUCGGAGCCGACGGCAAGGGUGUCUACGAGCUGAAGGAGCGCCUCUACGAGGAGUUCAACGUCUACUUCUAUCACUACACCAAGGAGGACAAGUCCAAGGCCGAGGAGCUGCAGCGGGAGCGUUGCAAGGCCAAGAAGCAGCUCGUCUGCUGCCCUCCGCCCAAGCUGCCCCAACUGACGCCUGCCUUCAAGUCCAUGGCCAACAUCCUGCAGUGCAACGUGUUCCUCAACAUCUGUACCCUGACGAUGGACCGUGCCCUCGAAGAGAAUCGCACCUUCACCGAAUCCCACUUGCAAAAGAUCUUGCAUCUCUUGGGCUUUGCCAUCCAGGAGGAGCUGAGCGAGCACUAUCCCUUCCUCAGCUUCUACGAACGCUCCCAGCAGUACGGAAUCCUCAAGAAACUGGACGAGCUGGCACGCUGCCCCACGUUGGGAGCCCAUCAUGACUUCAUACUGUGGACAAUCAAGCGGUACAAGGAGCUGCAGGCCAAGCAGACGCCCAGCUGCUCCGGAGCCGGUCCGUCCGGGUCCCAGCAGACCCUGGCCAGCGACGAGCCGCAGAGCUCCGAGGAGCAGCUGCGCCGCGAGAAGGAGGACCGCGCCCGUCUGGCGGCCGAGCGUCGGGCCAAGGUGAUGGCCCAGAUCCAGAACGCCCAGAAAUCGUUCAUGAACAGCAACGCCGAGAUGUUCGCCGAUUCGGGAUCCGGCACCAUGGAGUGGGAGGACAUCCCCGCCGCCGAGGAGGAGCAGGGCGCCGUGGCCCUCAAGCCGAACGUUGUUUCCUGUCUGGGGCCGGAGCGGCGCACCUACCAGCACACCGAGCCCGACUUCAAGUGCAUCCUGUGCUUCGAAACCUGUGCCAUCAGUCGUCCGGGGCCGCCGCUGGUGAGCUCCGCCUUCAUUCAGACCUCGCGGGUGAUCCUCACCGCCCCGAACCAGCACCAGGGCCGCUGCGCCCUCCACGUCAGCUGCUGCGGCCACGUGAUGCACUACAGCUGCUGGCAGGAGUACUACAGCAACGAGGAGACGAAGGAGCAGCGGCGUCCGCACCGCAACCGCAUCGCCCUGAACGCCGCCCACAACGUGGAGUUCCACUGUCCCUACUGCCGGACCCUCAGCAACACGGUCCUGCCGGUCAGCGAGGCCCUCCCGGCCUUCACCCAGUCCGCGGCCAACGCCAGUGGCCAGCAGGAGGGCGGCUACCUGCCGCUGGACAGCUUCAUCGAGAUCAUGCGCACCCUGGCCGCCGAGCUGGGCAACUACGGCUUGGACGACCUCAAGCAGCGCACCAGCAUGGCCAACAUCCUGCGCAAAGCGAAUCUCGGCGGCGCCGACAGGGCCCAGUUCGAGCGCAGCGUCCAGCUGGUCCAGGAUCCGCCGCGGCUGCACCACCACUGGUUCGACGUGAUGGGCGGCUUCUACAAGGCCAUGGGCAACGCCAUGACCAGCCAGCUGCAGCACCAGAAGGAGCUCCCCGGCGCCGCCACCCCGCCGGGCAUCGACGAGGCCGAAUCGGCCGCCCAGCUGUGGGACACCUGCAGCUACACCCUGCAGGCCCUCGAGAUCUAUCUGUUCGCCAACCAGAAGCCGCUCAAGGCCGAGUUGCCGAUGCGCCACCAGUGUUGUGCCACCAACUUGGUGCGCGCCUGCUCUCUCUCCUCGGCCGCCAGCAGCUUGAUGGACCAGAGCCCGGAACUGGGCAAUACCAGCCUGGUACCGGCCAUCGCCCCCAUGGUGAAGCCACAUCCGGAGCUGGCCUCGAAGCUGCUCGACACGAUCUUCUGCCAGAAGGGAGCCAGUGUCCUGGAGUGGGACUGCUUCCGUAUGCUGGUCCAGUUCCAGUUCGGAGUCCUUCACCUGAUGGGAUGCGAGAACGAACCAACUAUUCCUCCCGUUCCAGUAUUCACCAGCCACUUUCCGGCGUCCGAUGUCCACGCCAUCAUACCCAGCGGCAACAUGUUCGACUACUACAUUCUGCAGACCAUGUUCCUGGCCAACGUGACCAAGGCGGUGAUCUGUUUCGACGCAGACGUCGAGCAGGCCAAGAGAAUGGUGGACGAGGAGCUGGAACUGCUGCCGUACGUGGAGCAGCUGCCGGCCAAGAUCCAGGAGAACAUGGUGGCCUUCUAUCGGCGCUACAACAUGGCGGCGAGGAAGAAGCAGCUGGCCAAGCAGCGCAAAAUGGACCAGGACAACGAGGAGCAGGAGCACCAGCCAACGGCAGUGAUACCCUGCGACUUCUACACCCUGGCCCUGAUGCUGGGCUACGUGCAGCGGCAGAUGGGCUCCUUCCUGCGGUGCGCCUGUCUCUUCUAUCGCUGCCUGACCGACAUCGACUUCCCGGACACGUUCCCGACGGACCAGCCGGACCGCUUCGACCUGAUGUGCACGUACUUGGGCCUGGACCCCAAUCUGGGCGUCUACUUUGACAUGGAGACGGUGUACGCCACCAUGAUGCACUCGUUCGCCUCGCACCGGGACAUACUGCGCCAGCUGGACAGCGGCAGGCAGACCAUCGAGGUGGUGCCCUGCCUGCGCCCCCUGCCGCGCCUGAAGACCCUCUUCGACGACUACUCCGACCUGAUCAACAGCGUGUCGGACAUCUUCUGUCCGAACAACGAGCGCGAGGAGAUGAAGACGCCGACCAUGUGUCUGAUCUGCGGCGCCAUCCUGUGCGGCCAGUCGUACUGCUGCCAGCCGGAGCUGGGCAAGAUGUCGGUGGGCGCGUGCACCCACCACGCUCACGACUGCGGCGCCGAGGUGGGCAUCUUCCUGCGCAUCCGCGACUGCCAGGUGGUGUAUCUGGGCCGGGGCAAGGGAUGCUUCGUGCAGCCGCCCUACCUGGACGAGUACGGCGAGACGGACCAGGGCCUGAGGCGGGGCAAUCCGCUGCGGCUGUGCCAGGCGGCGUACGGCCGGAUAUUUAUGCAGUGGCUGGGCCAUGGGCUGCACGAGGAGAUCGCGCGGCUGAACGACAACACCAAUGUGGCGGUGACGCAGUGGCAUCACAUGUAGUCACAGGGCUGGAGCGCUGUGGAGCAACUGAACGGUGAAUGGACGAGUGUACGAGGAUGGAGAAGAGAACUGGACGACGAGGAGGAGGGCAGUCAAUGUGAUUAUUACAUACUAACGUUAGGAGAGAGCCUAUUUAUACGUCUAAGCAUUUUACUACUUAUCCGUUUAAAAAGAAAAAAUCAUCCACAAUCGAAUUUCCGCUCCAGAGAUGCGCCCCCACCCAUCCCCAUCCCCAUUCCCAUCCUCCAUCCGAGCACCCAGCACCCAAGCCACGUCCCCGAGCAAGCACCUGUCCGGCAGCCAAAAAGCGAUGUAUAAUUAUCUUGCGUUUUCUUAUUAUUAAUUGAUUAAAACUUACUUAUUAUUAUGGUAAUUUUUUUUUUAUGUGAGCUAACAUUAGAGAACUUGUUGAUAGUUUGAGCGGCCAGCGUGCCCUCCUCUAGUUAUAUAUAUUAAAUAUAUACACAUACUAUAAUACCUAUGCUAUAUAUACGAUAUGACGACGACUAGGCAGAAGACAGGGACAAGGAAGCUGACCCCAGAGCUGAGGUCGGAUCAGGGUUCGUAAUGUGAAACAUUUGUAAAUAACAUGCAGACCUUGAGAGCUACACACUGUACUAUAUAGUAUAGGCCUUGGUGGUUAUUUUCUUUGCAUACUCGACUCUGAGUUAGGACUCGACCUUAGCCCCUUCAAGACCUUACUUUAGAUACAGUGUGGGUGUGUGUUGACCUUUAGUUUCUUACAAAA